AUGAGUCUCAGGGUGGCUCUCCUGAUUAAUUUUCUACUGCUUGUCGACAAGGCUGAUUCCAAAAAAGGUGUGAAAUGUGGAGGAAUCCUCUCUGCACCAUCCGGCAACGUCUCCAGUCCAAACUUCCCAGGCCUGUAUCCCUACAACAUCGACUGCUCCUGGCUUAUUGUUGUGCCAGAAGGCUCCUCCGUCCUCCUGACCUUUCACCACUUUGAGCUGGAGUACCAUGCUAACUGUGCCUACGACUAUAUAAAGAUCUACAACGGCAUAGCUGAGGAUGAGGGCAACCUCCUUGGGAGAUAUUGUGGCAACAUCCCUCCUCCACAGUUCACCUCUUCUUGGAAUGUCAUGUCCAUCCUCUUCCAUUCCGACCGCCAUGUGGCCUACACAGGCUUCAGUGUUGACUACAGGAAAGAUAUGUGUGGAGGAGUCUUAACUGGCCUCUCAGGCGUGAUCUCCAGCCCGGGCUACCCUCAUGAGUACAGCAACAAUGCCGACUGCUCUUGGGCCAUCCGCGUGUCCAACAACAGUGUGGUCACCUUGGUCUUCUUGGACUUCCAGCUGGAAAACAACGAGGGAUGUCAUUUCGACUUUGUUGCCUUGUUUGAUGGCCCGACAGUCACCCAUCGCCACCUGGGUAAAUACUGCGGGGCAGAAAGACCCCCGAACACAGUGACCUCGUCAAACCAUCUCCUGGUCAUGUUCAAGUCCGACUUCAACAUUGGUGGACGUGGGUUCAAGGCCUACUAUUAUUCAGGUGAAUGUCAGCAGGUCCUGUCGGCUGUAAAUGGCAACUUCAGCAGCCCGCAUUUCCCAAACAUCUACCCAAACAACAUCAACUGCCACUGGAGCGUCACUCUAGCAGCGGGGUACCGCAUCAAACUCUUUUUCCCCGUCAUGGACUUGGAAGACCGCAACGGUCUGUCAGAUGAGUGUGCCUACGACUCUGUCGCCGUUUACGAUGGAGACACUCAGGCCGACGCCCUGCUGGGCCGCUGGUGUGGCAGGGACCAGCCCCCCUUUCUCGUCUCCAAGGGCAACAAGUUGCUGGUGGUCCUCAGCACGGACAGAAAUGAGGCUCAUAGAGGGUUCACUGCUUCUUAUCUUGGAGUGGUGCCUGUAAACGUUAGCUGCACAAGAUCAGAAUUCACCAUAUUGAUACCACAGCAGUCCUUACCUCAGCUGGACCGGGAGAACAUCUACCUGGGAGACCCAACCUGUGCAGCUCAGUUGACGGCCACCUCAUACAAGAUCCUCGCUCAGUUUGUCAACUGUGGUACUGCCGGCCAGAAACACCGGAACAUCACGGUGCUGGUAAAUAAACUCUUCAUUGAUUUCUCUGACGGGAAGCAGAGGAAUGUGCAAGAAUAUAGAGUACAGUGCGACGCCUUGCGGAAGGUUGCAUCGGUGUCGAUCAUUUCUGCCGAGGAGCGACGUCUCGAGGAGCAGGCCCAGCAAACCGACAGUGGCAGCGACGACAACACAGGGGGUCCGGAAGCUGUGCCUCACGACCUGAGCGACAUCGUCUUCAUUAGCAUCUGUGUUCUCGCCGUUAUUCUCAUGGUGAUAGCUAUUGUUUGGUUAGUGCUGCUUUAGCGAUACAUAGUACACGCUUAUGGUCUCAUGUGGUCUUAACAAAGAACUCGGAGGCUUUCGUUGUCUUAUUUUCAAUUUGUAUGUAGAAAAAUGUUCUAACAGUAAUAUAAACAAACAGAUCAAAAAACUGUAGAGUUCCAGUACAAAGCGAUGACAAUAUCAUUACCACGACAAAGCAUUGUAAAGCUGCUGAUGUGCCAUAAAAUUUAAAAAUGUUUUGUAUGCACAGAAAAACGAUGGUUAGAAAACUUACAUUUGAAUAAAACAUCUGAA